CAGCAGGGACCUCUGGUUGGUUUUAUUCCUUCUGCUGGCUUUAGUCCUGUUGCAGACGACAGAAGACGCAGAAACUAUGGCGUUCUUCGUGAAAAAGAAGAAAUUCAAGUUUCAGACCCAUCUGACCCUGGAGGAGCUGACUGCUGUGCCUUUUGUCAACGGAGUGCUGUUCUGCAAGAUGAGGCUGCUGGAUGGAGACUUUGUCGCCACUUCUUCCAGACAGGAAGUUCACGAGAACUGCGUUCGCUGGAGGAAGAGGUUCACCUUCAUAUCCAAGAUGAGUGCAAACCCCCACACGGGAGUCCUGGACCCGUCUGUCUGCAGGGUGUCGGUCCGGAAGGAACUCAAAGGAGGAAAAGCGUACACGAAGCUGGGCUUCACGGACCUCAACAUGGCGGAGUUUGCUGGUUCUGGCUCCAUCGUACGCUGCUGUUUGUUGGAGGGAUACGACACCAAGAACACACGGCAGGACAACUCCAUCCUGAAGGUGAUCAUCGGGAUGACCCUCCUUUCUGGAGAUCCGUGUUUUAAAACGCCUCCCAGCACAGCCAAGUCCAUCUCCAUCCCCGGACAAGAGCACACCCUGCAGCUGGACUGUAAGGGGGAGGGGACGGCCGAGCCCGGGCCGACGGGAGGGGUUUCUCUGGGCCGAGCCUCCAAACCACGACCCUCCAUCAUCAGCUCAGGUCUCCUUGAAGAAUCCGAAACGAACCAGUACAGUCCUGCAGAAAUCUUCCAGUCUGGUCACUCUCGUAACUCCAGCUACGCCAGCCAGCAAAGCAAAAUCUCAGGCUACAGCACCGAGCACUCCUGCUCCUCCAGCCUGUCCGAUCUCACGCAUCGCAGGAACACCUCGACAGGAAGCAGCGCCUCCGGAGUUUUGGGCUUCUCUGCUGACGGACCGACAGACGGGGAGAAGGACGCCGGACGUCCAGAGAGACCCCCGAGACCCCCAAGACCCGUCUUACCCAAUAACCGACCCCCCAGGAGGAAGCUGGACUCGGUGGAGAGUCACCCCUGUUGGGUUAACGACACUCGCAUGGAUGCCGACGACAUCGUGGAGAAAAUUGUCCAAAGCCAGAACUUUGCAGACGUCAACAACACUGAAGACAGCAACCUGCGUCUGUUCGUCAGCAGAGAUGGAACGACUGCGCUCAGCGGCAUCAGGCUCGGAAACAGGGUUUCUGCAGGCGGGUACGAGCCCGUGGUGAUAGAGAGCCAUUAACCCGGCGGACAUGUUGGACCCGUGGACGGUGGAUCGUCCUCGUCUUCUGUCUCGCUGCUGGUUUUUCCCGGAGCUUCAGCCGGUCUGACGCCUUGAAGGGAAAAAAAACCUCGUCAGUUUGCACUUUAUGUGAAGUUUGUCUGCACUCCGUUCAGAUGUUUGUUUGAGCGGACGACUCGGAGUGAAAUGCACAGAAACGUUUCUCUGAUACUGCCUUGUUUUGUGUUUACCCAUAUAGAUUUUGGAUGGAAAUCUUUAUAGUCAAUUUUACAAGUUAAAGGGAUAGUUUGGAUGUUUAGACGUGUGGUUGUGUGAGGUUCUUCUCCAUAGUCAGUGUUUUACUACAGUAGAUGGAGUUUAGAGAAACAGAUGUACCAGCACGGGAACAAAGUAAUGUUCUGCUGUGGACGUAUUUUAGAAACCUAAAAGAAUCAAUAUCAGUUUAAAUGUACAUUAUAUUUAGAAUAUUUUCACCUCUUUACUUUGCUGUCAGACAGCCUUUAUGACGAGGAACUGAAGCCGUUAUCUAUGCUCUCUACAAAGCAACCAGACUCCAUUCACAAAAUGGAGUCUGGUCAUUUUACAUCGCAGAAAACGUGAGUUUCUGGUCUACUGCUGUCUCCAUAUGUUAGUUAGUUUGUGUUAUUGUGUGACUUUGGUGAAUAUGAACGAACCCUUUAAAGGACCAAAGUCACAGAAUAUCAUAAAUGAGUCAGCUGUAGACCAGCAACUCCCACUGUUCUGCGACGAAAAUGACUGAUUUGGUCAAUGGAGUCUGGUGAGGCUGUCUGACGGCUAAAUAAAGAGGAGAAAACAAUGCUCCCUUUACAAAUGAAGCUCAAAGAUCUGUUGAAUUUAUGUUGAAUGACAUGAAUGUUAUGUGCCAUGAUCAGGCUGCAACUAAUGUAGAUUUUUCCUCAUCGAUUUAAUCUGGCAAUCAUUUGUUCUAUAAUUGCUAAAUUGGUUAAUUGUUUAGACUUUAAAAUGUCAGAAAAUGGUGAAAAGUAGUCCAGGGUGGGACCUUCAAAUUAAAGGUAAAGAAUUUCAAAAAUAUUCUUAAUAUAUCAAACACUUGAUAUUGAGUCUUUUAGGUUUCUAAAAUACGUCCACAGAAGUACAUUCCUGUCCGUUUCUCUAAUCUCCAUCUACUGUAGUAAAACACUUCAUACAACCACACUUCAAAACAUCACAACUACCCCUUUAAAGUGAUAAAGAUACAGACAUCAAAAUCAUCAAACGUUCUCAUUUCCAACAAGGAACUGAAGCCGUUAUCUAUGCUCUCUCCAAAGACACCAGACUCCACUGACAAAAACAGUCAUUUUACCUCUCAGAACACGGUAGUUGCUGGUCUACCUAUUGUUGCCUCCAUCGGUGAGUUUUAUGUUAUUUUGUGACUUUGGUGUAUUAAAGUGUUAGUUUGGAUUCACCAACAUCACAGUGUAACACAAACAAAAUGACAGAUGGAGGCAGCGGUGGUUCAGCUACUGUUCUGAGAGAUAAAAUGACUGUUUUUGUCAAAGGAGCCUGGUGUCUUUGAAGAUGUUAUCCUACUGGGACUCAUUUUAGAAGUUUAUGGGGAAAAGGGUGACGACAAGGUGACGUGGUGAAAAUAUUAUAGAUAUAGCGUGAUAUUACACCUCUAUUGAUUUUUAUUUAUAGGUGGACCUUUCUUUUAGGUUUCUAGUUGUGCAGCCACCGAUACACUGUGGAUUAUUUUCUUGAACACGUCUGUAAGAAGUUAAUCAGACUCAUUUUUGUUGCUGCAAACUGUCUGACAAAAUAAGGACGAAUCUUUCCUGGGAGUUCAGUUCAUGUGUAAUGUUUUGAUUUUGAUUCAGGAGGGGAACAUUUUAAACUUCUUAAAACGAGUCCCAACAGGAAACGUAACUUUCAGUUUCAUUCAUCACGUAACAAAAAGUCCUAUAUGUAAAUUUCAGAGCCUAUUGUGUUCCAUAAACAGGCAGCACAUCCAAACACUGAAUGUGAUUUAAGAGUUUAGAAAACCACUAAGCGGCCGUUAAGAUGAAAAACGCCUUUUUUAUGUUUAGUUUUAAUUUGUUGCUCUUCCCCGUUGAUCGGUGUAAAAGCAGUGGAACCACUUUGUGCCUGUAAAGUUUCUCUUGAAUGAUCCUAAAGCGCCAUGAAAACUGUGAUAACAGAGUGCUAGUGAUGGUGAGGAGAGAAAUGCCCUUUCCCUUUCUUUGUUUUUCUUUUGUUGUCCAUUUUUGGGAAAUCACGCUGCAUGUUGCUGCUCUGUUGCUCCAUGAAAGACGACUUUGUAUGCGAGUUAGUUUCUCUUCUCUUCUUAGCCAACAAAAGUUAAAACUAAAUGUGAGGUCAGCUGAUAGACACUAGUUCUGUGGUACAAACUGUUCUGGUUUUAUUUUGAAAGGUUUGUUCAGACUGUAAAGGUCUUUGUCGCCCCCUGGAGGAGCAACAAGUCCUCGCUCAUUUGGUGUUUACAAGGAUGUUUCCUUCAUGUUUGUUUACAGAUGUCUUCAGAUGAACAAACACCAAAGAGGCAGAAAAAAAGACCAGUUUUGGAAAUGUAUUGUUGGCAACCAGCUGGCUGGUUGUGGCUUUUUUUUUUUUUUUUUUUUUUUUAAGUUUCCAAAGCAAAUUUUCCUGUUUGGAGUUUGAACUUUUAUCUUGUACAGAGUCUUAAAAUCUUAUUUUUCUGUUUGUUAAAAAGGGUGAAACAAGAAUAAUGAUCCGCUUUUUAAAUGCAGGUCACAUAUGUCUUGAAUUCACUUAAAUUACACGGACUCAAGAUGAUUUUCCACAUCAAUUUAAAUAAAUGAAAAAAAUAAACUAUUAAUUUUAAGUCGAGCAACCGAUUGCCGAAGCUCUGCAGCCCUAGUUUCGUUGCAUCAGAAAAAUAGAACAAUCCCUCUUUUCAGAAUAUUUUCGCCUCAUUUACAAUAAAAAAAAAAUCAGCUUUUAAGACUCUGUUCUUUAUCAGUAAACUUUUUUGUACGGACGUUAUUUUUCCAGUGAAGCUGCAGUUUUUCCAGCUCGUCGUCUCACGUCUCCUCGCUACAGCUCAUUAUAUAUGAUUUGAAUCACUUGUCUUCAACCUACUCUGUUUGUAUUUUGCAGCUGUAUGUUAAUUAUUAAUCACAUGGAUGAACCACUGACCUUAUAGUCUGAAUUUGGGUUUACAUCACCACAGCCUUUAGUAUUCUUUUUAAAGCAUUUAUUUAUAUAUAUUUUUUUUGUCUGGAGGUUGAUCAUAAGCUAUGCACACAACUCACCUCCCUGAGCUUUUUUCUUUUCUUUUAGUAACUCUAACAAAUUAUUGUAUUGUAACAAAGCUAGUAUAACCUAAAUUUAUAGAGAAUCAAGUUUUUUCUUUUUGUUGGUAUUUCUGUGGAAAUUAUU